AUGGGGAACAUAAGGAAUGGGUCAGAGACAUUAAAAGUAUGGGACAAUACCAUUAAUAAGAACACGGGUAUCUCCACAAAUCCCUCUCCACUUACACCGAUACUCAAUAACCCUGAGAUUCCUAUAGGUCGUCAACCUACGAAGGAGUCCUCAUUCACCAUUAACUCACUUAUCACUAUUUACACACUUGUACGUGAAGGUAUAAAGGUGACACAUUCAGUCUUAGCCAGACAUGGAAAUGCUACUUUGGUCUGUGGCUAUAAGGUCCUCGGCAAAGUGGAGGAAAUACGUUUCAGUUUGCUUAAAAUAGCAAAUAAUCAAAUCACAGAAAUCUGUGCUGCCUCUUAUUCAAAAAAAUAUGAGCCGUUUGUGACUGGUGAUGACAUCCUUUGUAAGGGGAUUCCAGGUCCCAGUAAUGUAACUCUACAAAUAUCAGGCCUACAAACACCAGGCUAUGGAAUUUACUCUUACAAGAUAGAAGUCAUGUACCCUCCUCCAUAUCGAACUAUGAAGGGCAACGCAACUUUCAUUUAUGUUCCUGAUGCCCUUCCAGAGGCACAGAAAGCAGUUGAUCCUGUUGAAUCAGUCAAGUCUGACCUGUAUAAAUGGGUUCUCCUUGCCAUCUGCUUGGGUAUACUAUUUUACAGUAUAGUGGUUACCAGUGUUUUGCUUUUUAGUAAGCUAAGAAAGAAGAAGUGGAACAUUGGACUUUAUGAAAAGAUGGUUGAAGGAAGCCAAGAGAAACACAUUCCUCCCUAUUUCAUACGUGUUGACUGA